AUGACGACCAAAGAAAUUUUCUUCUUCCUCUACUUACUCUUAACUCCAAAAGCAACACUGCAUGCUUUACUGCCACCCUUCACUCUAGGGCAAAGAGUGGGUUGUUCCUACCUCCUGUUCUACUUUUGGCUCCAGGAGACACCAAAGAGUGGUUCAAGUACCACCUGCCCCAGAAGAUGCAACUGUGACUCUGCACAGACAGUGCAGUGCUACAGAAUUAUAGAGAUACCUACAGAGAUGCCUUUCACCACCAAGAGGCUGUACAUUAGCCACAGCAAGAUCAAACAACUCCAGGUCUCUGACUUUGGCAGAAUAUCUGGCCUUGAAGAGCUUAUCCUGUCUUGCAGUGGAACAGAAUCAAUAGAAAAUAACACCUUCAAGGCUCUGAGCACCUUGCAAACCCUGGAACUCUGCAAGAACAAGCUAAGGCGUAUACCCACUUUCCUCCCAUCCAGCCUUGAAGUAUUAAAACUUGGUGAUAAUUCAAUAAAUGCUAUACAUGGGUCUGAUUUGGAAGGUUUAAAGAAACUCAGGGUGCUUGAUAUUCAAAACAACUUGAUUUUAGCACUCUCUUUCAGCACGCUUUCCUCCCUUUGCAGCUUACAAAGUCUGAUUUUGGAUGGUAACAAUAUGGAAUCUGUGUCUGGCCCACUUAAACUUCCCAAGCUGAAGUAUCUGAGUAUGGCUAAUAACAAACUGCACUCUUUCUUAGGCCACUUCUUUGAACCUCUGCAAGAUUUACAGUUUCUGAGCUUUAGCGGAAACCAUCUGGAAAAGGUCCCACCUGACCUGCCCAAGUCCUUGCUUUCAUUAAAACUAGAGAGAAACAGACUCAAAACAGUAAGAUUUCGAGACAUGCAGCAUCUAGAAAACCUAUCUGAGCUUUUUCUUUCUGAAAAUCAGCUUUCGUCAAUAGAUGGUGCUCACCUUCUUCCUAACUUAAUCGCACUGGAACUGUCCAGGAACCAGCUCCAAGCUAUGCCACUCAGGCUUCCAGCCAGACUACAGAAACUUGACUGCAGCAAUAACCUGAUUAGGCAAGUCACAGCACAGGACUUCCAGGGUCUACGAAACCUCAGGCAUCUGUUUCUUGAUAACAACGCUGUUAGUCUGUUUGAGGCUGGAGCUCUUCAGAGGUGUGCACAGCUCUCUAACCUGGCACUGGAACAAAACCUGCUUAUUUCUAUUCCACUAAGACUUCCAGAUACUCUAGCCAGAUUGGAUCUGAAAGGAAAUGACAUACAGGAUGUUGGAGAACAAGAGCUGAAGGACUUGAAACAACUUCAGGUUUUAAAUCUACGUAACAACAAGAUAUCUUCCUUGGAUCGCAAAGUCUUGGAGUAUUUGCCUCGUCUCAGGCACCUGUAUCUAGAUGGAAACCCUUGGAAUUGCACCUGUGACCUGCUCAGAACCAGAAAGGUGCUGAUGGCCAAAAGGACAGAUGUCAAGGGAGGACAAUGUGUAGCUCCAAUAGGAAGUCAAGGAGAAAGCUGGAUGUCUUCCCAAAAGAUUCUGCAGCAAUGUGAAGAUGACUUUUCUUCAGCUGAAAGAAUCAAAGAGGCAAGAAAGGAAAUGAAAACCGAUGAUUUUCCCAGUGUUGGAAUAAAUGUGGAUGAUGAUUAUUAUGAUUAUGAAAUAGAUUAA